UGAAGUAAGAGCCACGGUGAAGCAAAAUUAAAGCACUUUGAAAUUGGGAGGGAGAGGGGAAAGGGUGAACAGGAAUGGCGAACAAUCUUUCGAGUCUAGUGCACGAGCUUCGAGAACGCAUAGCAGCAUCUUCAUCAACUCAAUCAAGCACUUGUAACCAAAACGACGACGCUUUAGAAUCCAGAUUUCGCGCUGUUCUCCCCAAUCUUCUCCACGCCUACGUCGUUCCCUCUCCUUCUUCCAAUGAGAGAGAGGUGGUUGCUGUAUUGAAGCUCGUUUCUCAUACAGCUAGAAAUUUUCCCGGAGUUUUUUUCCACGGUAAAGCUGCUGCUGUUUUACCUGUCAUUGGUCGAAUACUUCCUUUCUUUGCUGAACCUGCAUUUCGGUUUCAGCAUGGAGUGAUUUUUGAAACAGUUGCAUCACUGCUAUCCUUGCUUCGUACUGGAGCAAGAGAUGCAUAUCGUCUUCUUUUUGUUGAUGCCAUGCUGGCAAUUGAAGAUAUUUCGUAUAUUGCAUCACUGGAUACUGAUGGUUCAAGCAUUACUGAAUCCACCAAGUUGACUUUAAAGUGCUUUCUUGAGUCAUUUUGUGGAGUUUCCAGUGAUCCAAUUUCCCUAUGUGAUCUCCCAGCUAGUAAUAAACCAAUUGAUGGCCCUGGUAUCUUAAUCAACCUCUUGGGUAAAAGGAGGUGGCAAUCUUUUGCUGCUUGGAUUAUUAAGCUUCUUAGCAAAUGCUUAACUGAAGGAACUUUGUAUCUAGAAGGUCUGAUCAAUCUAUCAUUUGUAUCAGCUGCAUGUUCUCUCUUAUGUUAUGGAGAUGCUGAUCUGCAAAUGGCAUGUUUUGACUUUGUGCGCAUCAUGAUAUCGGUUAUAUGUUAUGACAUCAUCCCUCAUGAGAAUUUAAUCUUGUCAAUAGCCACCAUAUUGAGUGAGGACAAGGAGGGACUUCCUGUAUUCAGGAAUGUGGAUUAUGAUUCCUCCAUAGGUGCUUGCCUGGCAGCACUGCACUCUAGUUGUCCUGAUGCUGUUGUAAAGUUGACAGCUAGUGCUUUAGUAAAUAUUUUUCCUCAGUCACUGUCUCGAACCAAAAGCCAGGAGCUCAGGGUUGCUUUGUGCAGUGUAUACACACGGAUUGCUAAAGCUUGCCCUCCGCAUGUCUGGAGGCCUGAAUCUCUUGUACAUACUCUUUGUUCAUCAGAACCUUGCUUUCCAUUGAUUAAUUGCUUUCAAGUAGCUCUCUCUGUUCUUGGUCCUGAUCGUGUUGGAGAGAAGACAGCAAAUAAUGUUAGUCUAGAUCUAUUAACAUCAGGUGAUAAUUCAACUGAAAACUGGAAAGUUGGAGAAAAAAGGCUUGUCUGCAGCGUAAAUGCUUUCAAGGUCAAACGCCAAAAAAUAGAUGGGGAGCAUAUUGUUUCUGAUGAUAAAGUGAUGGUGGAGCAUCAGCCUACUAAUAUCUUUAAUUGUGAAGGAGAAGAAGAAUAUGCAGAUUAUAUGUGUGCGUCACUCUUUUCAUUUGUUGAAUGUUUGGAGUCUCCCUCUAUCAAACCAAGUGCUCUGAGCCCAGAUGUUGCAUUAACUGCUCUUAGCAUGCUUUGCAUUGCUUUCUCUAUAUAUCCUCAGAACGAUAUAUCACUUUGCAUCUUCCACCAGAUGACUGCAUGGAUUCCCUGGAUAAAUGAGCAGGCAAAGCAGGGAAGUCUGAUUACACUUGAUAUUUCUAUCUACUUGGAAGGAAUUCACCACAUCUUGCUUUCACAAAGCCCCUUCAUUGAGACUGAGCUUUUCAAAAAUAAAGUUGAUGGUGGGGAUCUUCUAAACAUGGUGCUAAAGCUUCCAUGGACACAGCCUAUUGUGGUUUCAGAACCUCACCCUCCUUGGAAAACAAAAUGUACUGCUGUUCGAGUUUUCUCCAAACUUGGCCACAGUUUCACUACUGAAAGUGAUUUUGAAAUCUUGGACUUGGCUUGUUGUGAUGAAUCUGAGGAAGUAAGAAUUGAAGCUAUCAUUUGUUUACCAGUGGUAGUCUUGUGGUCUGGUCUUAAUGUAUUACCACAUAUCUUCAAGAGGCUGGAGGUUUUGGGGAAAGAUGAGCAUGAAAAAGUUAAGAAAAUAUUUUCUUUAUCUCUUGGGUUUUUAUCAUGCCUUUAUGGAUCUUGUAGUUGUGUUGAGGGUUUGGAUAAAAACACUUGCAAAUUAUUUUUUAGCAUCGAAGAUGAGAAACUGAAUCAGACAGCUGGCUAUUUACUACAAGGUUUCUGGUGUUCUAAGUGUGACAUAAAAUCUGAGCGCAAUCAUGACCUAACUUCGAGAAUCAUGAAUCUUUCUGAUAUGCAGAGCAAGGACAUUGCCUUCAGUUGUGAUUACAUUAAUCUUCUGUCUUUAUAUUUUGAUCUUCUUUAUGACCAGUCUUCAGAAGAGGUUCAACUUGCCUGUGUGAGAGUUAUUCGACGGAUACUUGUUCAUGGGACUAGAGAUGUUCUGCUUAAAACAAGAUCUAAAUGGAUUAAAUGCAUCAGAUUUCUGCUCCUUAACAGAAAGAAGGCUAUAAGAGAAGCCUUCUGCCUUCAGAUUAGUUCCUUCCUUGAGGACACUGUUUUGAGUUGUUUAUUUUUGGAUGAAGAUGCAUCAAGUAAGGAAUGCCAGUUUUUGGAUAUAAUAAAAAAUGCCUUGACAGCAGCUGAUGAUCCCCAGAUCUUUGAGACUCUUUUGGAAUCUAUAGCUGAAGUUAUGAUGGCUGUUGAUAUUCACAGCCAACUUUACUUUCUUUCUCUAAUAUUGUUGCUUGAACAGCUUGACAAUUCUCACACAACGGUGAGGAUGAGUGCAUCAAGGUUAAUACACAAAUCUUGCUACUUUCAUGUGAAAGGAGGAUUUGAACGACUAAUUUCAAAAGCAGUUCUUGUUCGUAAUGAGCUGUUUAAUUACCUAUGUGUGAAGCUUGCAAGCCGUCCAAAAAUGGUCAGAGAGUUUGCAGAGGCUGUUUUUGGUUUUGAAACUGAAGAACUUCUCAAGAAAAUGAUUCCUGUAGUUCUUCCAAAGCUUGUGGUGUCUCAGCAGGAUAGUGAUGAAGCGGUUGGCAUCUUAUAUGAGUUGGCCAAGUGUUUGAACACUGAUAUGGUGCCAUUGAUAGUGAAUUGGCUACCAAGAGUGCUUGCAUAUGCUCUCCAUCAAGCAGAUGACCGUGGAUUACUCUCAGCUUUGGAGUUUUACCGCAGACAGACUGGGUCUGACAACCAAGAAAUCUUUGCAGCUGCAUUACCUGCACUUUUGGAUGAACUUAUUUGUUUUCUUGAUGGUGGUGAUUCUGAUGAGAUAAGCAAAAGGUUAGCCAGAGUACCACAGAUGAUAAGGAAAGUUGCUGUAGUUCUGACUGGUUCUGAAGAUCUUCCAGGCUUUCUGAGGCAUCAUUUUGUUGGUCUUCUCAAUAGUAUUGACAGGAAAAUGCUUCAUGCAGAGGAUUUUUCACUGCAGAAACAAGCUUUAAAACGUAUUGAGAUGCUGAUAAAAAUGAUGGGUUCACACCUUAAUACAUAUCUUCCAAAAGUACUUGUUCUUCUUUUGCAUGCCAUUGGUAAAGAAUCACUUCAGUGUGAGGGUCUAUCUGUCUUGCAUUUUUUUAUUGAGCAAUUGGCAACAGUAUCUCAAUCUAGCAUGAAGCAUGUUAUUUCUCAAGUUUUUGCUGCUCUUAUUCCAUUCUUGGAGAGAGAUAAAGAUAAUCCCUCUAUAAUUUUGAAUCAAGUGGUUAAAAUAUUAGAAGAGCUUGUGUUAAAGAACAAGGCUAUCUUGAGGCAGCAUAUUCAUGAGUUCCCUUUGUUGCCUAGUAUUCCUGCUCUUACAGAAGUGAAUAGAGCCAUACAAGAAGCACGCGGGUCAAUGACUUUGAAGGAUCAAUUACGUGAUGUUGUUGAUGGUCUGAAUCAUGAGAACUUGAAUGUGAGGUACAUGGUAGCAUGUGAGUUGAGUAAGUUGUUGAAAAUAAGAAAUGAGAAUGUUACUGCUUUAAUCAAUGGUGAAACAGGUUCAGAGAUGGAUGUUUUGAGCUCUCUGAUCACUUCUUUACUUAGAGGAUGUGCAGAAGAAUCAAGGACUACAGUGGGUCAGCGGCUAAAGUUGAUAUGUGUUGAUUGCCUUGGAGCAUUGGGAGCCGUUGACCCUGCCAAAGUAAAGGGUUUUCCAUGCCAACGCUUUAAAAUUGAAUGUUCAGAUGAUGACCUUAUUUUUGAGUUGAUUCACAAGCAUCUGGUUAGGGCUUUCAGAGCUGCACCUGAUACCAUCAUUCAGGAUUCAGCUGCAUUGGCUAUACAAGAGCUCUUAAAAAUUGCGGGUUGUGAAGCAUCAUUGGAUGAGAAUAGUGCUGCUUCCAUGUCUCAAGUGUUGAAGGAUAAAGAAUCUUUGAAAAGGGCCACAUCUUGCAAUAGAAGUUCUGAUAAUAUUUAUGAGAUGAAUGUAAGGGGUCAAAGAUUGUGGGAUCGGUUCUCUAAUUAUGUGAAAGAGAUAUUAGCCCCUUGUUUAACCUCUAGAUUUCAACUUCCAAAUGUGUCUGAUUCUGCAUCUACUGGUCCAAUUUAUCGUCCUUCUAUGUCAUUCAGAAGAUGGAUAUUUUUUUGGACUAAAAAACUGACUGUGCAUGCAACUGGAUCCCGUGCUAGCAUCUUUAAUGCAUGUCGAGGCAUAGUGCGCCAUGAUAUGCAAACUGCAAUAUAUCUCCUGCCAUAUUUAGUUCUUAAUGCUGUCUGUCAUGGCACUGAGGAGGCACGUGAAGGGAUUACACUAGAAAUCUUAUCUGUUCUUGAUGCUGCGGCAUGUGAGAAUAGUGGAGCUGCAGUUCAUGGAAUCAGUGGUGGGCAAAGUGAAGUUUGCAUUCAAGCUAUCUUCACUCUUCUUGAUAAUCUUGGGCAAUGGGUGGAUGAUGUUGAACAAGAAUUAGCUCUUUCACGGUCAUUACGAUCGGCCACUUCUAGGCCCCAAGCAUCCAAGUCAAAGGAUCCAACCCCAACUUAUUUGGCCAAUCAGGAUCAACUCCUUGUUCAAUGUAAAUAUGUUUCAGAACUUUUAAAUGUGAUUCCAAAGGUAACCCUUGCCAAGGCUUCCUUCAGGUGUCAGGCUUAUGAAAGGUCUUUAAUGUAUUUUGAAUCUCAUGUGCGCAGAAAGUCAGGUUCCUUCAACCCUGCAGCUGAAAAGAGUGGCACCUUUGAGGAUGAAGAUGUUUCUUUUCUAAUGGAAAUAUAUAGCUGUCUUGAUGAGUCUGAUGGUCUAUCUGGAUUGGCGCGUUUACGUAAAUUAUUAAGUUCACAAGAUAUGCUCUUAAUAAACAAAAAAGCAGGAAACUGGGCCGAAGUCUUGACUUCUUGUGAACAAGCCUUGCAGAUGGAUCCAACUUCUGUUCAGAGGCAUUCAGAUGUCCUUAAUUGUUUACUUAACAUGUGCCAUCUUCAAGCCAUGGUCACUAUUGUUGAUGGUCUGAUUUCUAGGAUACCAAAAUACAAUAAAACAUGGUGCAUGCAAGGUGUGCAGGCAGCAUGGAGGCUUGGAAGAUGGGAUUUGAUGAAUGAGUAUGUUAGUGGGGCUGAUGAAGAAGGUUUACUUUGUAGUAGUUCUGAGAGUAAUGCUACCUUUGACAUGGAUGUAGCAAAGAUUCUUCAGGCAAUGAUGAAGAAAGAUCAUUUCUCAGUUGCUGAAAAAAUUGCACUAUCUAAACAAGCUCUAAUUGCUCCAUUGGCUGCUGCAGGCAUGGAUUCUUAUACACGGGCUUAUCCUUUUAUUGUAAAGCUUCAUCUACUAAGGGAGAUAGAAGAGUUCCAUGCUUUACUUGUAAAUGACUCAUUCUUGGAGAAAUCUUUUCAUCUAGGUGAUAUGAAAUUCUCAAAUGUAAUUGAUAAUUGGGAAAACCGACUCAGGUUUACUCAACCUUCACUUUGGGCUAGAGAGCCACUGUUGGCUUUUCGGAGAAUGGUAUUUGGUGCUAGUGGUCUUGGACCUCAAGUUGGAAAUUGUUGGCUUCAAUAUGCAAAGCUCUGCCGCUUGGCUGGUCAUUAUGAGAUUGCAAAUCGAGCAAUUCUAGAAGCUCAAGCUUCUGGUGCACCUAAUGUUCACAUGGAAAAGUCCAAGCUUCUUUGGAGGUUUAAACGAUCUGAUGGAGCCAUCGAUGAGUUGCAAAAGUAUCUCCUCAACAUGCCUGUUGAAGUUGUUGGCUCUGCUGCAAUAUCAUCCAUUACAAGCCUUUCACUUGUUCCAUCAAACCCACCUCCUUUACUUUGUGAUAAUCAAACUUUGAAUGAGAAAAGAGAUAUCGCAAAGACCCUUCUCCUUUAUUCUCGGUGGAUUCAUUACACUGGGCAGAAGCAGAAGGAAGAUGUAAUUAGUCUUUAUUCCAGGGUGAGGGAACUGCAACCCACAUGGGAAAAAGGAUACUUUUACAUGGCCAAGUAUUGUGAUGAUGUGCUUGUUGAUGCUAGGAAACGUCAAGAAGAGAAUACCGAGCUAGGCCCCAGGAUGGUGCCAUCAAAUUCUGCUGUGUUUACUUCUGUGAACACAGACAUUGAGAAGCAUUGGUGGUCUUACCUACCUGACGUUCUGUUAUUCUAUGCAAAGGGACUCCAUAGAGGCCACAAAAAUCUGUUCCAAGCUCUUCCAAGGUUGUUAACCUUAUGGUUUGACUUUGGGAGUAUUUAUCAAAGAAAUGGCUGGUCCUCUAAUAAAGAUUUGAAAAGUGUCCAUAUGAAGUUAAUGAGUAUUAUGAGGGGCUGUUGCAAGGAUUUGCCUCCAAACCAAUGGUUAACAGUGUUGCCUCAGUUAGUUUCCAGAAUUUGCCACCAGAAUGAAGAAGUUGUUCGGUUGGUUAAACACAUCAUCACCUUGGUUCUUCGGCAGUACCCACAACAAGCCUUAUGGAUUAUGGCAGCAGUUUCAAAAUCCACAGUUCCUUCUAGAAGGGAGGCAGCUGCAGAAAUCAUACAAGCUGCACGGAAGGGAUUUAGCCAAGGAAAUAGUGGAAACAAUUUGUUUGAUCAGUUUGCUUGCCUGAUUGAUCAUUUGAUCAAAUUGUGCUUUCACACAGGGCAGUCAAAAGCAAAGACAAUUAAUAUCUCAACAGAAUUCAGUGCCUUGAAAAGGAUGAUGCCGUUGGGGAUAAUUAUGCCUACUCAACUAUCCCUUUCUGUUAGUCUACCAACAUACAAAGUUAAUCUCGAUGAAUCACUUUCCUCUAAUAUCUUUUCUACCUCUGAUCUUCCUACAAUAUCAGGAAUAGCUGAUGAGGCUGAAAUUCUUUCAUCUCUUCAGCGACCUAAAAAGAUUGUUCUUUUGGGCAGUGAUGGCACUGAACGCCCAUUCCUUUGCAAACCAAAGGAUGAUCUUAGGAAAGAUGCUCGUAUGAUGGAGUUCACUGCAAUGAUAAACCGUUUGUUAUCAAAAUAUCCAGAAAGUCGUCGAAGGAAGCUUUAUAUUCGUACCUUUGCAGUAAUUCCUCUAACUGAGGACUGUGGUAUGGUGGAAUGGGUACCUCAUACUCGUGGCCUGCGGCAUAUACUCCAGGACAUUUAUAUAUCCUGUGGCAAAUUUGAUAGGCAGAAAACAAAUCCCCAAAUUAAACGGAUCUAUGAUCAAUGCCAAGGUAAAAUGCCAGAAGAUGAGAUGUUGAAGACAAAGAUCCUUUCCAUGUUUCCCCCGGUAUUUCACAAAUGGUUCUUGACUACUUUUUCUGAGCCUGCUGCUUGGUUUCGGGCUCGAGUUGCCUAUGCACACACUACGGCAGUUUGGUCCAUGGUUGGACAUAUCGUAGGGCUGGGUGAUCGACACGGGGAAAACAUUCUCUUUGACUCUACAACAGGUGACUGCGUUCAUGUUGAUUUCAGUUGCCUGUUUGAUAAAGGUUUGGAGUUGGAGAAGCCUGAGCUGGUGCCUUUCAGGUUGACCCAGAACAUGAUUGAUGGCUUGGGGAUCACUGGUUAUGAGGGCAUCUUCCUGAACUCUUGUGAAAUUACACUUCAAGUGCUACGAACUCACAGGGAGACUUUAAUGAGUGUUCUUGAAACAUUCAUUCAUGAUCCUCUCGUUGAGUGGACUAAAAUUCACAAAUCCAGUGGGGUAGAAGUUCAGAACCCACGUGCACAGCGAGCCAUCAAUAGUAUUCAGGCAAGGUUGCAAGGAGUGGUGGUUGGGGUUGGGGCAGCACCAUCUUUACCUUUAGGUGUAGAAGGCCAGGCACGGCGAUUAAUUGCUGAAGCCGUUUCACACACAAAUCUUGGCAAGAUGUAUAUAUGGUGGAUGCCAUGGUUUUGAGAGCUAAUGACAGAUUUUUUGGGUAAGUUAUUCUGUGUCAUUGUUCA